AUGUGGGUCAAAACUUUGAAAAUGUGUUCAUUGUUGAGAUACGGAGGGCUCAAGGACCAGGAUAGGAUUUUCACCAAUGCGUAUUGCAGGCAUGACCAUGGCUUGAAGGGUGCCCAGUCAAGAGGCGACUGGCACCGCACGAAGGAUAUCAUCCUCAAAGGCGACUCGUGGAUCAUCCAGACUAUCAAAGACCCGGGUCUGCGCGGACGUGGCAGCGCUGGCUUUCCUAGUGGUCUCAAGUGGAGUUUUAUGAACAAGCCUGGAUGGGAGAAGGAUCCUAGAUGUGUUUGCUGUCUCCCUGGUUACUCACUAACUCACACUCCCGCCAACAGACAGCGGUACCUGGUGGUGAACGCCGACGAGGGCGAGCCAGGGAUGUGCAAGGACCGCGAGAUCCUCUGCGGGGACCCACACAAGCUCGUGGAGGGCUGCCUGGUGGUGGGGCGGGGCAUGAACGCCACGGCGGCGUGCAUCUACAUCUGCGGCGAGUUUUUCCAGGAGGCGAUCAAUGAGGUGUACACUGUGGGGCUCCUUGGGAAGGACGCCUGUGGGUCGGGGUACAUGUUUGACGUGUAUCUGCACCGCGGGGCGGGAGCGUACAUCUGCGGUGAGGAGACGGCGCUGAUCGAGAGUCUCAAGGGCAAGCAGGGGAAGCCGCGGUCAAAGCCCCCGUUCCCGGCUGAUGUGGGGCUGUUUGGGUGCCCGACGACGGUGGCUAAUAUGGAGACUGUGGCUGUUGCGCCGACAAUUUGUAGGAGGGGGGGCAGCUGGUUUGCGGGGUUUGGGAGGGAGAGGAACCAGGGGACCAAGUUGUUUUGUGUUAGUGGGCAUGUGAAUAACCCGUGUAUUGUCAAGGAGGAGAUGAGUAUUCCGUUGAGGGAGUUGGUCGAGAGGCAUUGUGGCGGUGUAAGGGGCGGCUGGGAUAAUUUGUUGGGCAUUAUUCCAGGGGGGUGUUCGGUGCCGGUUUUGCCUAUUGAUAAGUGUGGAGAGGUUUUGAUGGACUAUGAUUUGCUUAAGGAUGCCCAGUCGGGGUUGGGAACUGGUGCUGUUAUUGUCAUGGACAAGAUUGUUGCUGCUAUUGCUUGUUUCUCACAGUUUUACAAACACGAAUCCUGUGGGCAAUGCACACUGUGUCGGGAGGGUACCACUUGGAUGAUGAAUAUGAUGGACCGGAUGGUCGAAGGACGGGGUCACAUCAGGGAGAUUGACAUGUUGCUCAAGUUGACUAAACAAGUUGAGGGCCGUACAAUAUGCACUCUGGGCGAUGCAGCAGCGUGGCCGAUCCAAGGUCUGAUGCACCAUUUUUGGCCCAAGGUGGAAAAUUGCAUUGCAAAGUUUAGGGAGGAGAGGGGUGCAGUUGUGUUUGGGGGUACGUUGCUUGUGGCAGGGUUUGCAGUGUGGAUUCUUCGAAUGCAAUGUCUAAAGAAUGAGGGGAAAGCAAAAGGAAAGAAUGCGGAAUCUAGCAAGGCGUGUCAUCAUAAGUGUGCGUCAUGCGUCAAGGUAUCAAAAUUGUUGAUGAUGCUUAGCCUGUCUGGCUGUGACUGGACCUCGAAUGACCUGAUCGCCUAUAACAUCACAAUCCGGCGCCAAUCCUCGGACUCCUUCUUCGGAUAUACGCCCAACAUAAUACCUGAUGCAAUCGAUCCAGCUUUCCUGACCGCUACUGUCCCUCCCGAUGACAAUCUGUCCGAUGGCACCUACAGACUCCUUCAAUACCUAGAUCUUGCCACCCACGCAAACUCCGGCCAGGAGUCAGCAAUCCAUGAUUUUGCCAAAGAGCUGCUUCGCUUGCUUGGGUUUGAAGAGCGAGGAACUCUCCUGCGAUCACGCUAUGCCAUUCCUUUUAUGAUAUGCGGUGAUGAUAGGCGUUCAGCACAGGCUGACCUAUGCUUGGUUCAAGGCAACACGACGAUUCUACUUGUGAUCCAAGAAGACAAAACGGUCAUCAGUACCAAGAAUCCCGAAGCGCAGGUCAUUGCUGAAGCCAUCGCUACUUUCCAAUACAACAACACUGCUCGCGAUCGCAAUGGCUUAGAUCCGCUUGAUUCCAUGAUAAUUCCUGCCAUCACUAUGAUCGGCACUCGUCCCGUUUUCUACAAGAUACCCGUCACUCAGGAGCUGAGCGAUGCUAUUACUACGGCUCAGUACCCUGUCUCCAAAACAGAAGCGGUGAAGUGUGUAGUUGCGCCGCACUCCCGUCGCCUGAGCGAAGGAAUGGAAGUGCCUGAGUUUAGGCGGGAGGUUUUGCAACAUUAUGAGGCUUUCGGAAAAAUGUCGAAGGAAUGCUGGGAAAAUUUGAACAUGCAGAUAGCUUCAGUCCCUAGGCUGUUCUCAAAGAGGUCCCUGCUACCAAGUACUGGCCAUUCCAGGACGGUAGAGCCGCAUGACGUAGGCAACCCGACGUCGGUCAUUCUGGGCGACGUCUCGCGGGCAUCCGGGGGGACCACUAUCCGGCGGGGACUGAGGAGGAAGUUCAUCAUGCAUGUGGGUCCUACGAAUAGUGGGAAGACGCAUCAUGCAUUACGUGCUUUGGCUGCUGCGCCUACGGGGAUCUACGCAGGGCCUCUACGCCUACUCGCCCACGAGAUCUGGGAGCGUCUGAAUCUCGGACAGAUCGUCCCAGCAGGGAUAGAGGAAGAAGCCCCACCCGCAUCCGACUCGGCAUUCGACGUCAGUCCGGAGAAGGCGUCUCUGACGAAAGUGGGGAACCCCAAGUACGCUAGGGGGUGCAAUUUGAUCACGGGGGAGGAGGUGAAGAUCGUGGAUGAGAACGCGAGGCUGUAUAGUUGCACGGUGGAGAUGAUCAAGACGAAUAUGCUGUACGAUGUUGCGGUGGUGGAUGAGAUCCAGAUGAUUGGGGAUUCGGAGCGGGGGUUCGCGUGGACGGAAGCGGUGCUUGGGCUCAAUGCGCGGGAGAUCCAUCUGUGUGGGGAGGAAACGGCGGUGCCGCUCGUCGAGGCGAUGCUGAGAGAGACAAAUGACGACCUGGUGGUGAAUCGGUACGAGAGGCUCACGCCGUUGGAGGUGGAGAAGCAGAGUUUGGGGGGCAAUUUGAGUAAGAUCAGGAAGGGGGACUGUAUUGUGACGUUUUCGAGGAGGUCGAUCUUUCAGAUGAAGAGGGAUGUGGAGAAGACGAUGGGGGUGACCUGUGCUACUGUUUAUGGGAGACUGCCGCCCGAGGUGAGGAGCGAGCAGGCGGAUCUCUUCAACGAUGCCAACAACGGAUUCGACAUCCUCAUUGGGAGCGACGCUAUUGGCAUGGGCUUGAAUCUCAAAAUCCGACGUAUAAUAAUCGCACAAGUCCGCAAAUAUCACGACAACCACGUACAAUACCUCUCUAUCUCGUCCACGAAGCAGAUCGCUGGUCGUGCUGGGCGAUUCGGCUUGCACGGAAAAGAAAGCCCAGUUGGUCUGACGACGACUCUGAACGAAGAAGACCUCCCGUUCCUCACGCGCACGAUGAAGCUCCCCAUCCCAUCCCUGAAGACCGCGCGCAUCACCCCGUCGAACCCGUCGCUCGUCGCCACAGCGAGCGCGCUCCCCCCGCAUUCCGCGAUGAACACCAUCUUCCUGGCCCAUGCAUACACGUCGAAGCUCGCACCGACGUACCGGUACAUCUACAGCGGCGCGACGCGCGUGUGCACGAAUUACUUGGACGCAUACAUCCAGGGCGUGUCGAUGACGGAUUUCGAGGUGAUGCUGGCUGCACCCAUCCCGUGGCGCGACCGGGAGCAGGAAGCUAUUCUGAACGAGGAAUUACCCCAGUUCACUCGGGAUAUCCAGGUGCAAGGUCAUGGUGCGCUGAACAUACACUAUGUCCAUCAGAAGAGCCCAAUCGUCGACGCAAUACCGUUGUUAUUCAUGCAUGGAUGGCCAGGCAGCUUCAUUGAAGUACGAAAAAUACUUCCACUGUUAACAGCGUCAUCGCCGGACUAUCCUAGCUUCCAUGUCGUCGCGCUCAGUUUACCCGGAUACGGCUUUUCUCAGGCGACCAAAAAACAGGGCUUCAAGACAGGACAACACGCAGAGGUUGGAAAGCGAAUACUCCGUACUGCUCGCGAGACGAAACUCUAUCUUGGACACACAACAAUAUACGUAUUCUGGUAAGAAAAUGAAGACCAACAUGAACGCCUGAAAAACAUUUAUCUCCUCAUGCCAUCAACCCAAAGUUAGAAACCGACUUUCGACGCGGGAAUCGUCGAAUUACCACUGGGUCCUCAUGCUAGAUAGCAAAUUUGUUAACAUGUCAUAUAACCUGAGAAUAAUCCUGACACGUACAACCCAGAACGGCAUCGUUUCGACUCGGAUAUCCACACCCUUCUGCUCGCAGAUACCCCUCAAUUCCACAAAUUCCUCCAGCUGUUCCGAAUUAGCAUCACAUGUGAGCACUCUCAAGCGCGGGAGCCCACGAAUUGCGUUCACGAUCGGACGCAGUGUGGUGCGAUAGUUGUGCAGUGGGUUCCGGAAGCUAAAGUGUUCGAUUGUCUCUGGCAGGCCAACGAGCGGAACGAGGGUGGGUAUGUGGAAGACGAAGAGUUCUUCGAGACGGGGGCACAUGCGCAUGAGGGACGCGGAAUCGUUGGAGAAGUGCCAUAGCCGCAAUGAGCGUAGAUGGGUACAAUGUGCUGCCAGUACUCGUUUCACGUCUGGUCCUGGCAUGUCGCGGAGGUCCACGACGCGAAGAGACGAGCCCGAGCUAUAGAGAAGCCAGGAAAGGACUUGAGCAGAAAGUGUCCUCGAUAGAACAAGGUCGUAUAGACGAAUGCGAGAGCCAUACUGAGCUACAUCUCCAUUAUUCGAGUCACCAUCCUUAUUAUUGUGGAUAAUAACAGGUGGUGCAGCUGAAAUCUCUGUACCGAUCUUCAGAAACUGUAUACUUGGCCAAAUAGUAAGCAAUUGGUAGACAAUCGGGGACUGCACCCCGCAGUACAUCAAAUUCAAUGCCCUCAAGCUCUGUCCACACCCGCUCUUCCUCAGAUCAUCCAUGACCUCCUCGCUGAAUGCGUGAACUCCGUAUGUGCUGAGUCCAAGCUCAUACAGACGCGGACACGCUUUGAGGAGCUGUGCGAACUCAUAUGGGCCAUAGCUAUCAUUCAUCGACCGACCAACGGUGAUAUGGAGGCUGCGCACGCGUUCACCCAAGGCGCGCCCGCGGGCUGUGUGUGGGUUUAUGGCAGCGUGGAAGAUGGGUGCAUUAUUUGAGCGUAGCUGCGUUGUGCAUCGAAAAAGGAGAGAUUGGGCUGGGUAGGACCAGGAUGUGCAGACGAGGGAGCAGGCGGAGAGAAAAUCGUAGUCUGGGAAGCCAUCCGGUUUGUAGUAUGCUCUUUCAAAGACGGAGAACAGAAGCUCAGUGGGUAUGGAUAUCAUGGAAUAUUAGCAAUGUACUGAGGACGAUGGCAAUGCUUAUCAGUGCAAACUGGCAAGUGAGAAAUUUGAAAACGCUGUUUCACAAACUUAUCAGGGUCAAUUACAUAAUGGUCUGCGGAGGAUUCAAGGGCUUCCGCCCUUUUUUCUUCGAAUGCGUUAGCAAUCUGUGUGGCAAUGGAGAAUUUGCACUAUCUUACACACCUCUCCCUACAAUAACGAUAAGUAAAGCGAAAGAGAACAGGUUUACUGGAAAUCC